GAAUCUGGAGCCAUGUGGCUCCACAUACUCCUUUCCUCCGGCUUCAACGACCACCGCAGUUUUCCUUUUACGAAGCUUCGACAGCAUUUUGGGACCGAUGGCUGGGCAAAGUGAGAGAAGGGAUUUAACUGUGCAGAAGAACUGUAGGCAUUCGCAUCGCGAAAGAUGGGAGAAUUGGACAAGUAUGACGAUGACCUAGAGCAGGUCGAGGAGAACAAAUCUCUCAUGGACAGCGGGAGAAUGACCAAGGAAAAAUUCAUUCUCGCCGCAGCAGCAAUAAUAGAAUCUCGCAGCUCCUCAUCAUGUGUGGUGGAAGAUAAAGCAUUGAAUGACAAGGUACUGUAAUACAUGUCAUGACUCAAUGGGUACGCCAAUGUCUUCAGCGGGAAACGAUAGUUUAAGAACUGUUUCAACCGUAACACCGGCGCCUUAAUAAAAAUAAUGAAAAUGCAGGAAACCAUACUCCGGAGAAGCACCAUGCAGGUCCGGAAAGCCAAACCCAUUGGUUGAAUACCUCGGUUAAAGAGCACAGAGACAUCUCUUCGCUACCAUACCAGCAGAAGAAACGAAUGAAUAGCGUAUGCAGACUUAGUUCCAUGAGAUAUCUUCAUCGCUGCUAGAAAUGGCAGAGAGUAUCUGCAGAUAGUUUGAUACAGGAUUCACGAUUCAG